CCCGUUCAGUCGCGCCGAUGGCGAGUCGCCCGAGGUCGUGCAGGAGAGCGCAUUUGCGCAGGCGCUGUAUGCCAGCCCGACGCGCAUCCCGCGGCCGUCGGCCAGGCGCCAGGCGGACAGCGCCAGCAUCAGCAGCGUCAGCAGCAGUGCCAGCAGCACACGCCCCACAGCCAUGGCUCCCCGUGUGUAUGUGGCGAAGAGUGCGAUCCGCGCUGACGACAUGCUGGCGCUGCACUGAAGCCCUCGCCUUCCCUGAUCCUAAAACAAACGCUAUCGUUAAGCCUGACUGAAUAGGCAUGGUUUUUUUUUUUUGAAACAGAGACUAUGUUUUCUCCCUCUCCCUCUCCUAUCUCCCCACCACUUAGCAAAAAGCCAUGAGUAGCAAGGGUAUCGUUAUUGUCACCGGCGCCUCGCGCGGCAUGGGCAAGGCCAUCAGCGAGUUUCUGGUCAGCCAGAACGUAACGGUGGUGGGCAUUGCCCGGUCCGCCAGCCAUCUCGCAGCCCUGGCUGCCUCCCUGGGCCCGCAUUUCGUGCCGCUCGCGCUCGACGUAACCGACGACUCCAAGCUCCCGCAGCUGGACUCUUUGCUGGCGCAGUUCCCCAGCCAGCCCCUGCUGGCGCUGAUCAACAACGCGGGCGUGCUGGCGCCGCUGGAGAAGCUCAGCGAUGCGUCGCUGAAGGAUUGGCAGCGGAACUUUGACGUCAAUCUGUUCAGCGUGCUGGCGCUGACGCAGCUGUGCCUGCCGCGUCUGCGCGCAGCCCAUGGCCGCAUCAUCAAUGUCAGCUCGGGCGCUGCCGUCAACGCCUACAGGGGGUGGUCUGCGUACUGUGCGUCCAAGGCAGCGGUCAACAUGCUGACGUUGUCGCUGGCGGUCGAGGAGCCCGAGAUCGUCGCCGUGGCGCUUCGUCCGGGGGUCGUCGACACGGAUAUGCAGGGCGAGAUCCGCACCGACGGCGGGAGUGCCAUGGGCGAUGUCCACGCAAAGUUCCUGACCUACCACGCGAACGGUGAGCUGCUGGCGCCCGAGGUCCCCGGCAAUGUCAUCGCACGCCUGGCUCUGGGCGCUGGCAAGGAGCUGUCGGGCAAGUUCUACUCGUGGAAUGCGCCGGAGCUUGCAGCCUUCAGAGAUUAGUUUCUGUAGUACACGCAGGACAGCUGAAUUAACAAAACAAACAAAAAAUGAAAGCGAGAGA